UGCAAGCGCCCAUCGCUAAAUUAAAAAAAAGCAACAGCAGAGGUGUUUUGUUUGGAACUGCGUUUUUGUGUAAAAUUGCGUUCAGCAACUAAUUGUUGCUAUAAUAAGCAAAUGGCAACCAACCUGGAGUCGCGAGUGGUGGAUCUCGACUUGGCCUGUCUAAUCUGCUUGAACGAGGAGCCCGGCCACAGCUCCAUAUACAGCCAUGACUUGGAGCCGCCGCACACCUUGAUUGCGGACAAGAUUCGCUCUUGCACCACCCUGAAACUGGAGAGUUUGCAAAUGCAGCGCUGGCCUGACAAGAUUUGCGACCAGUGUCAUGGCGAACUAACUGUCGCCUACCGCUUUUAUGAAAAGUGCGUGCUGAUCGAAAAGCUAUUCCUCACUGCGACAAACAGCUCGCAAACCGUCGAUGCAGACGAAUUGGCCAGGAACCAGCAGCUGAAGCUGUAUCUGGAACAGCACCACGUCAAGCUUCCGCCAAGUUUAAAAAUUAAACGCGUUGACGUGGAUGCAGAGACUCCUCUUGCCAGUCGUACGAUAGGUCCAGCUUCAGCGGUACGGGGAAAUGCAGGUGCCGGUGCAAGUGCCAGUGCGACAUCCGCAACGGCGUAUGGCCCAACAGCGAAUCUGCCAGUGAUCAAGGUGGAGUAUUGUCAGGAAGGUGAGGAGAACACAGACUCCAUGCCCCAGAUACCAGAUGCAUCUAGAUCAAUGGUCAUGUCCCUAGACACCCUCAUCGAAACGGUGCCCAUGAAGGAGCAGCCGGGGGAUACAUCCGAUCAGGAGGGUGGAAAAAUGAUCAUCCCAAGUCAUUGGGAUUACGACAAUGCCCCAGAACAUUUCUAUGAAAUUACAAUGGAAGAGACGGUGGUGGAACAGACACCGGUGUCGCCUCCUCCUCCACCAGCACCACCACCGCCGCCAUCUCGGGCUUUCAACACGAUCCAACGAUCUAAUAUAAACAAAGUAAGAAGGCGCACAGUCAACCGGGGCGUGCGCCAAAGAUCUGCACCCACAGCUACUAUCAGUACGCCCUCAACACGCACUUUGGAACUGCGUCUUUGUGUAAAAUUGCGUUCAGCAACUAAUUGUUGCUAUAAUAAGCCAAUGGCAAACAACCUGCCGUCACGUGUGGUGAAUCUGGACGUGGCCUGCCUGAUCUGCCUGAAUGAGGAGACCGGCCACAGCUCCAUUUACAUCCAUGACUUGGAGCCGCCGCACACCCUGAUUGCGGACAAGAUCCGCUAUUGCACUAACCUGCAAUUGGAGAAUCUCAAAUUGCAGCGCUGGCCGGACAAGAUCUGCGAGCAGUGCCACAGUGAGCUGACCGUCGCCUACCGCUUCUAUGAGAAGUGUGUGCUGAUCGAAAAGCUAUUCCUCAGUGCGACGAACAGUGGUCCUAUCGCCGACGUUGAUGAAUUGGCUAAGAAUCAGCAGCUGAAACUUGAUUUGGAGCAGCAACAUGUCAAGCUGCCAUCCAGUUUGAAAAUCAAACGCGUUGAAGUUGAUUCAGCCAUUCCUCCUGCAAGUCGCACGGUGGUGGGAGCAGUCUCGGCAGCGCCCAGGGCAGUUGCAGUACCAACUACAGGGUCUGUUUCGACAUUAAACACAGCAGCUGUAACUGUAGCUGCAGCGACCAAAACGGCUGGUCCGAAUCUUCCCAUCACCAAAAUGGUGUACUUUCAGGGGGACGGGGAGGACUCAGACUCACUGGGCCUGUUGCCAGAUGCCUCCGAUUCACUGGUCAUGUCGCUGGACACCCUCAUGGAGACGGUGCCAAUGAAGGAGCAGACAUUAGACGCAGUUUCGUCGGAUGAGGAACAUAAAAAGAUGAUCGUCCCACAACCCUGGGACGAGGACCCCCCGACCCCAGAACAUGCUUAUGAAAUCGAAACGCCGCUAUCUAAGGAGACUCAGGAUGAGCUACCGCCACCGCCUCCGCCACCAGCUCCGCGGACAUCACGCGCCCUCAACACGAUCCAACGAUGCAAUAUAAGCAAACGCACAUACAAACGUGUCACACCCAUCUUUAAGAGGGAGGUCGACAACGAUGAUGACUACGUGCUGUUCGAUAGCCAACAGAUAGUCAUUCCGGAGUCGAGUCUCCAUGCGGAGCGUGCGCGCAAGAUCUGUCAUGUGUGCGGGAACACCUACAAGUAUCAGCAUGCCCUAAACGCACACAUGCGGCGCCAUAACAACGAGCGUCCCUAUCCGUGCGAGGUCUGCCAGAAGGCCUUCAUAUCGAACGUGGAGCUGCGCCGGCAUAUGCGCGUACACACAGGUCAGAAGCCCUAUGGGUGUCGCUACUGUGACCGCCGCUUCUCGGACUUUGGCAGCAGCAAAAAGCACGAGCGCAUCCACACCGGCGAGCGUCCGUAUGUGUGCGAGGUGUGCCAUAAGGGCUUUGCCUACGCCCACGUGCUGACCGUGCAUCGGCGCACACACACUGGCAAGAAGCAGUUCCAGUGUACGCAGUGCGACAAGGGAUUCACCAAAAAGAGCUACCUGGCCACCCACCUGGACCAGCACAACGGCGCCACUACGGCCGCACCAACAGCCAAGCGUCCGGCCGGCCGCAAGCUGCAAAAGAGCCAUGUCCCGGAGACACUGUCUAUCGGCCAGUUGAUGCUUGGGGCCGAGCCGACCAAGGUGCUGGAGGAAUGUAUUGUCACCCACGAUUUCAUGUUCAAUGAGGAGGACGAUGCCGACGUGCACGAUCUGGAGGCUGCCGGCGAAAAAGAGGCAAUGGAGCUGGACGAUGCAGAUCCAGAACCGGAGAACGAUGACUUCGACGAUGUCGAUGUCGAUGUCGAUGUCGAGGUCGAUGUCGAUGUCUAUCACCAGAGCGUGCGUUCCGUCAAGGAUGACCCCUAUGCGCUUGUCGGAGAUCUGCUGGACUCCGAGGAGUUUGCUGACGAUUCCAAAUAUUUGAUUGACUAGUAUUAGUAUACGGCCUCGAUCCCACCCCGCCCACUCUCACCCUAGUCGUUUUGAGGUAGUGGAAGGAGUAGUGAAUGCGAAUGCGAAUGAUGGAGAUUUCUCUGUAGCAGCAGCUGUAUAAACGCCAGCCCAAACUUUAUGCCACAUGAAGAAUGGAGAUUAUGUGCCACGGCAUCCAAUUUUGGGGUGCCGCGUCAGCGGCGGAGAAAAACAACUGUGCAAACCUAGAAGAGUGGCUGCCGUAGGCACCCCAGCAGUAAGAUUAUGUGGUAGCAAUCAUCUCUAUCUAUUGUAGUUUUAUUACAUUCUCACAUUCACAUUUUAACAUUCAGCGUAUAUUUGCUAUAAGUAUAAGAGAAGAGAAGACGUACGGGGCAGGGGUCUCCGUGCCGGAGAUAGGUUAAUUGUUCUAGAAUAGUAGUAUAGUUGCUAUGCUCGCCGUAGCCGCCCUCCACUGUAGUACCGCGCUGAGAUGGCACAAAACUGAAGGUUUUGGCCACGUUCUUGAACCGGUUUGAAUGUGUCCGUGGUUUGUUUUUGUUUUUGUUUCAUGCUGCGGCUCUGCUGUGUCGCCUGUGGCGGCGGGGUCAACGCCACAAGUUAUGGAACGAUACUUUUAGUUAUUUGUUAGGCUAA